CUGUCCCAACGGAAGUUCAGAGGUCAUUUCCAAAAUGGCGGAAAUUGAAAUAAGCGUGCGUUCGUACGUGAAACUCGUACUUCACGCGGCUAAAUACCCGCACUGCGCCGUCAACGGCGUGCUUCUGGCUGACAGGAAGAGAUACAAGGACGACAAGAUCGUGUCCAUAGUGGAAUGUGUGCCGCUUUUCCACCUAGCGCUGGGAUUGGCGCCCAUGUUGGAGGUCGCUUUGUCACAGAUUGACGCAUACUGUGAGCAGAACAAGCUGAUCAUCGCUGGGUACUACCAAGCUAAUGAACAUGUCAAGGACUCCAGCCCCAAUGCUGUUACACACAAAAUCAUGGAUAGAAUAUGCGACAACUUCAGUGAUGCAUCAUUAUAUAUGGUUGACAACAGUAAAAUGACUCCUGACAUGGAGGAUGCUGUGUUCAGAAUCUAUGCUUUUCAAGAUGGCAAAUUCAAGGAGAGAAAUCCAGACAGCAUAACAUUAGAAGAGCAGUGUCUAUCGGCUGCAUCUGGACUCCUGAACCAGAAAGUUUUUAGGAACCUGGUGGACUUCGACAACCACCUUGAUGACAUCACACAAGACUGGCUCAACAACCACCUCAACGAGGUUAUAGAAAUCCAUAGCUGGUAGCUGUACCACAACAGAAGCAGACACAAGAAGUGAACACCAGAAAUUUGUUUGUCUAUAGUGUGUUUAAUGAAAAAUACACAAAGCACUAUGUCAAAUGUACAAAUCUUCAAAACCCAGUCUUUUUUUAUGCAAACCAGCUAAACGCUGUUGGGAGAAAUUAUGUUUCUGGCUUUUUCUACCCAUGAUACUAUCACUUUAAAGCAAUAAAUGGGGAUAUACUAGUUCAGUCAAGAAGACUUCUUUGAUAGCUGGUGAACUACUCUUUUGCUUGACUUAAGCCUAUCACGCCAUCUUCUCCCACUGCCACAGCUUGAUGUAACCAUCUUGAUUAUCCUGCUUUUUGACUCAAACAGUGGUUGGCCAGUUUGCAUAAAAAGACUGUGUUUUCCAUAAGAUCCGUAUGUUUUGCUUAUUUUUCAUAAGAUUUGAACUGAACUGAAACUCAUAAGAUUUUCAAUGAGAUUAAAGCUGUUCAGUACCACACUCUGAUGGAAACAUGUUGGUAUAAAAACCACCACAGUCGUGUUACACUUUUAUACAGAACUUCUGCUACUCAAAUACAUACUUCUCAAAUGAAAUGGUGCAACUGUUAUUUAAUAGUAACCAUUCACAUUUGUCGUAGGUGAUGGUUUGAAGUAGGAUUGAACCAACCACAGAAAUGGAUCUAAGACAGCCUUUGUAUGACACAAGUAUGGCUAUCCUAAGAGUGCAAUUAGUUUCCAAUUGUACGACGAUUAUACAACGCAUGUGACCAUAGGCCAAUGACUAUAAAAAUGAUAUAAGUAUUAAUAUGUUCUAGUAUCAACUAGCAAUCCAUUAGUUUGUGACAGGUUAUGGUUGUAGAAAAAAAUGUUAAUAUUAAAGAAGGCUUUUUCUACCUAUAUGAUGAAGUAGCAUGUAAACUGAAUAAAUGCAGAUGAUCCAAUGGAAGUUAAUUAACUUGCAAACUUUUAUACCCUUAUUUCUGUACACAAAGUGAAGCACUAAACAACAAGCUUUUGAUCAGUCCUUUGGGACAUUUCAACUUGAAAAGAAUUAGAGGACUGGUCAAAAGCAUGUUGGUGAGAGCUUUGCUUAGUGUGUGAAAAUAGCCUAUAAAAUCUUUACAAAAGGGAUGCAGAUUCAUAAUGUGUAUGGCAUGUUUAAAAACGUUGUAAUGAUCAGUUAUUUUGUUAGAUGAUUUGCUAACAAAAUGAGAUUAUGUUUUGAUGGUAUGAUAUAGCAAUGUUGAAUGUCCUAAAUAUAUGUCGUAUUUGAGUAUGUAUCAUAUUUAUUGGCAAUUAUUUCUCUUCUAUACAUUGUAUAUUCGAUUCUUUACUGUUGACUGGGAAAAAGGAGAGACAAAGGGAUGGGUAGAGACACAAGAUUUUUCACCUCCUCGGUCUAGGAAAAGAUAUUGUUUCUUGAUUACCUAACCUACAAGUAAGCAUGAAAAGAAAAACAGAUUUUAGCUUUUUUUUUCAACCACUGGCAAGGAACAUCAAAUUUUUGAGUGAUGAAAUUCAUACAAGACUGUAUUUUACACGCUUAAACAGGUUUUAAAAACCUUUGAACAGUUACCACAUCUUUUGUAGACUGGGUUCUAUUCAUCCUCAUCUUUCCUAAAGCCAUAUCCUGCAAGGCUUUCCCCCCUUCUUUCACAUCUUCAGGGUCUAGACUCUAAUACAAAAAUAUGGUAUUUAGAAUGAAAAUGAAAAUUUUGUUUACAUUUGUAUGUGAGUGACACUUGAAUUGCCGAAUCAUCUAUCUGCUGUGUACAGACUGAAACGAAAUUGUUGAUAUUAAACGGCACUGAUGUGUAUGGCC